AUGGAAGCGGAGGUGGUGAUCCCCCAGACAAUGGCCGACGUUAACGGUAACAAUAAAAUGACCAACGCUGAGCUCGAGGUGUUAAAGCUUCAAGAAUUGGUUCGAAAAUUGGAGAAGCAAAACGAACAAUUACGGACUCGAGCUAACGCUGUGAACCAUUGCACCGCGGGCCCACCACAGAUCCAGAACAGUACACUGUGUCCGGGAGAGACUUUGCUUCAAGAUGUUGACACCCCGAGUCCGACAAAGGCACUGCGGUGUUCCAAUGGAUCAUUGGACGAACCCUUUGCCUAUUUUCAGCCAAGCUCCAAGUCUCCUGAUGAGGCCGAAGAUGACAAUGCUGCCCCCGAACCGAGUGCGUUGGAUGAGGUGGAGAUUUUAGACUUGGGCUGUGUGCUGCCUCGGGACGAACCUGAUAGAUGGUUGUAUACGAGUCCCAAGGUGAGCCUAAAUGGUGACAUUGGCCUCAGUCCUCUCCGGUGGUGCAGGCAGGUCCUGGACCACCCAGGGCCAGAGAUCCAGCUUGCCCGGAUGACACUCUGCCACAGACUGGAUCAAGCUAAACGCUGGAAAGGAGUAUCUCCAGUCCGUCCAUACAGCUGUAUAGAUGGGUUUUCUUCUUAUAACUACCCAGUCCUGCCUUUCUCCAAGUCACUAUCAGAAAUCAAAGCUCCUGCGCCGUCUAGUCCACCUUUUCUUCUGCCCGCUGCCCCUCUCAGAUCAAGUGACAGAGCACCCACCUUCUUAUCAAACUCCACUUUACACAAUCUUAGUCGACGACAUGCAACAAUCAGUCCUCAGUCUUCCCUGGACAGUGAAGUGGGUGUUUCAGAGUUGGAAGACGACUCGGUUUCAAUGAGUUACAAGCUACAGGACAUGACAGACGUGGAGGUCAUGGCACGACUUCAGGAGGAGAGUCUCCGACAGGACUUUGCCUCUACCUCAUCGACCACUAGCCGUCGCAGUUCCACUUUUUCCAUACACUCCCUGAGGAGAAGUGAAAUGGAUCUGGAGGAAGAAGAUGAAGAGGACGAAGGUUAUGACCAGCUUCCUCCUCCUCAGCCUCGACUCUACCGCACUGGGUCAAUGCAGCGAGCUGGCCUGCCCCACUCUCACACUUUUUCCUCCAUAAGAGACUGCAGACGCAGCACCUCUCAGUUUUCACUAAAUGGACUGCAACAGUUCUCUGGACCCUCCAGCCUCAUCACAGAAGCACCCACAGUGCCAAAUAACUGCACAGACAAACUUCGACGAAGCAUGCCCAAUCUGAUCCGCGCUCCAAGCAUGCCCAGUGUUCCUAGCAUCCCUUGCCUGUCAACCCUUGCCAACCCUGCACAUGGCCCUUCAUCUUUACCUUCAAUGCCCACCCUCCGGAACAGCCAGAGUUUUGACUCAUCCAGUGGACUUGCACGACUUCAGUCCUCCAUUCCUCCACCUGGUCAACUUAGUCAGCGUGUUCAGAGUGUGGGAAACUUCCCUUCGAUGCCACGGAACCCUGUAAAAGCCACUGCCUAUGUGAGCCCAACCAUCCAGAACAGUCCCUCCUCUACAGGCCUGAGCACCUCCACAAGUCUAAAUUCUAUCUCCAGCUUGCACAAGACCAUCCACGACCAAGAGGGGAUGAAAAGAAUCAACGACCCCAACCGUAAAUACAUGAACUCCAAGUAA